AUGACCAUCGUGCAGGGCCCCCUCAGCGGCGAGGCCGUCGCCAUCAUCGACACAGACGGCGCCUGCCCCGGCAAGACCGCCGCCGUCCCCCCCUCCCACGGCGGCAGCCAGCUGUUCAUCUACCACCCCAAGGCCGUGGACGACUUCCGCCUCAAGGUCCUCACCCCCUUCUUCGUAUCGCAGGCCACCAAGCAGGGCAAGACCAUCGAGGGGCCCGCCUUUUACAACGCCCUCAAGAGCCUCCAGGCCAAGCAGCUCGCCGCUGUCCUCGAGCUGCUGCCCCCCGCCAACGCGCUGCCCGUGUGGGCGGUCACCAUCAAGACGCAGGCCGGCGACCCCGCGCUGACCGCGCCCGUCAACACGCGCGCCAAGCCGCAGAACCUGGCAAACCCGGCCUACGCGCCCAAGUCGGGUAACCCCCCGCCGCCCAAGGCGUCCGGCGACGCCGCCGCCGCGGCGCCCAAGCCGGCCCACCUCAGCACCUAA